ACAUGUCAUCUCAUGAGUGAGAAUUCAACAUUAAAGAUCUAUUAUCAAAUCGUCAAAAUGACAGGGAAAUGUCACUCCCCGAUUCAUGGUUAUACAUUUAUCUUAUAUUUUAAUAAAUAUAUUAUGUAUUCUGUAUACUAAUGCUCAAAUUGUUAUAAAGGACGCCGGUAUUGCAAGAAUACAACCUACAGAUAUUGGAAUGAUAUUUUAUUUAACAUUAGAAAACAUUUGUCCGUCAGAGAUGUAUAUUUCAGUCAGAGGUGUGAAGUGUUGUGAGGUGAACACUUUAACUGGCGGUAAAGACUGUGAAUCUAUGAAACUCAUGGGAGGCGACCCUGGUAUCCUUUGUGCAGGGAGAACAAAAAACGUUACUUUGAUCUAUCCCAAUUUGUAUUUAUUCGGCAGACAAGGGUCCUGCACCGUCCUUGUCGUUUUCAAAGUAGGCAUGGUGACCGAUCAUUUCUUCCACAAGAUCCGCUUCAAUACGAAGGGUAGUUUUGAGGACUUCUCGGUCAAGAGAUGCCCCUGCUACACCCCUGAUCUAGACCCUUUCAGGAACUGCACUCCUGUAGACUGUCCCAUCAAGUAUUCAGGCCACCGGAACUAUUUCAACGCUUUCACGAAAUACUGCGAACCUGUACCUUAUUGUAAAUCUAUUCCUGGAAGCUAUAUGCCCGAAGAGAUGUACGAUAUCCUGCACAACAGAUGCGUCGACAUCCAUUGCACGGUGACCACAUCAGAUGUGGCUCUGAUCGAGAACCGAGGUAUACCGACGUGUCCAGUGCCGUACGUCCUGGGUAACAUGAUAUGUCAUCACGGGUGCAUCGACAAGAAAACGGGGGAGUGUAUCUGCCACGACAAAUGGUUAUCGACCGUCAGCAACGAACCGGAAUUCGUGCCUAGCCUGAUAUCUUCCCAUAUGUGCAACAUCAAGACCGGAAGUUGGACGGAACUGAAUAAGGACAAAUUGUUGUUGACGAUCCUCGUGAUGGUGGUGAUGACAUCCCUCUGCAUCCUCAAACUCUUCUUUCUGAUAUGCAUACUGCACUUCUGCUACAAAUGGGCCAGAUCGAGAGCCAAAGGAGAGAAGAAAUCGAUGACACAAUUUGGGUUUGGUAAAGAUUACGGCACGAUAUGUCCUGGUCACUCCAGCUGCAGCAAGACAAGUUGUAAAAAGGUACAACAUUCCAGGAAAUCUCGAAGUAAAAGUAGGGAGAGAAGCUGUAUCCGCAACCUCUUCAGCUCGCCGCCACGAAAGCAGGUCUGCUGCAGGUCCCAAGGGGCCCUUGCCAAAGCAAUAUUGUCCGAUAAAUGUUUUCAAUUAGAUGUGUGUCCAUGUCCAUGUCCAGACGUUGGCGUGAUAGCAGCAGCCGAAUGUGCCUGCAAAGAACAGACCACGGAUAGGCCACGAUCUAGGCCGGCUUCGUUGCAAACUGGCCCUUCGAGUAACUCUAAGGAAUCUCUGCUGAGCGACGAGUCAGAGUCCGAGUCAUCAUCGGGCGCUUGUAGUUGUGAGUCAACAGACGAGAGUGUCAACGAAAAAAGUCCGAACACAUAUUUCACAACCACGUACACCACUGGUUUCUACUCCUCGACCCACGAAACCAAAGGGACUUCUUCCGGUGGCAACGAGUCGACUACUCAGACUCUUUCGAAUUUUUCCAUCAAUAUGGAAUAUGACACGGAGGAUCUGGAGUUGGAAUGCUCCUCGUCCAGUGAGAAGUGAUGUUAACAUAGUUUCGGUUAUUAAGCAAGUGAUAAAGUUGGAGUAAGAUGUACUAUAUAGCCUUUUAUACUGAAAAGAUUCGGCCAAAAUCGAUUUUUGUUUUCUAUGGAAAUAGAAGCAAAUCUUCUGUGUUAAUGUUUCAGUUCUCCAUCAGAUUGAAACAUACAGGAACGUUGGAAAUUGAUUUUGGAUGAGUAUAAGAGUGCUAUGCUUUAUUUUUUAAGUGACCAAUGUAAUUUGUUAACAAGCUGUGAGAAAUAAAAAGUGAAAUAAG